UUGAACUGAAGGACAUUGGUUUAAGCCACGACGAGGCCUCUCUCUCUCUCUCUCUCUCUCUCUCUCUCUCUCUCUAUAUAUAUAUAUAUCUGUCUCUAUCUCUAUCUAUCCAUCUCCUUCUGCUGCAGCAAUGCUCUCGACGACUCGUCCAAAACCGCGACAAACAGACCGGGAAAGGGCGCAAUUACCUGAACUCGGACCGGUAGUCGGCUGGACCUCGCGCACACGCACGCGCCAAAACCUUGGCCGUAAAAGGGUUGUUCGCGCCCCUAAACGUGCAACGAGCUGGAACGACACCCGAACCUUGGAUAGAAGUCAUUGUUUAUACGGUUCGUAUACAUGUAUGUAGAUGGAUACGUGUACAGUGCAGUGGCCAUCAUCUCGGUAAGGCAGUCGCUCCCUGUCUUCAACAACAUUGUCGUCGGUUUCGUAUGUCUGCGCGAUACGCACUGUAUGCAGGCAGCAUCGGACUGGGUAGCGCCUGUUCGAGAGAAGGUUGCGUUACUGAGCACAUCAGUCAGGUUAACAAGCAACACCCAGGUCGGCCCCGGCCUGAAGGGAAACAAGGUGUUGGCAGGUUCGGACAUCAAACGGAACGAGGUCGUCUGUCUUUCGGCUCUUCCUUUCGUCGCAUUCCUGCCUGUUAGUCUUACGAAUACUUUCUACCAAUCUAGGUAGUUGUGGCCGGCUGAUGGAAGAAUGUGUCUCGCGGAUUCGCGCACUUGGCCGCCCACCCUCGAAGCCUUUUCCGUGGGAAAGCAAAAGAAGAAGAAAAUAGCUAAAGGAAAAGUAGAGGAGGGGGGUCCCAUAAAAACUCCCUCAUGAUAAAGUAUAAUAACGUUUGGCGCUACCGAGGAGGAGGACGACAGGUCUGGUCUUUCACCGAUGC